UACUGCAUUCUCAGCUCAACUACCAGGCCAGUUCCACUGUUUUCUGGUUCUCACUGUAUUUCUAGCAACUAUAAUAAACAUAAAGAAUGUGUGACCUCUAUAAGUUAUAUGACCUCCUCUACCUUCUGGUGGCCCCUUAAUCAAGUGUCUGGUAGUCAUUUUGUCUGGCUAAUUUUCUGCCUUCACACAAACAAAGGAGAAUCCUUGCCUAACUCAGGCUUUAGUGCAGAGGAUAAAAAGUUGUUAAAGGAAGAAAGCUUACUCGAAGAUAUCUACUAUCAGCUUGGGAAUCCAAAAACUACAAUUCCUGAAACCCCUCAAAUCAGGAGUAUCAAAAACCUGCUUCAAACCUUUAAAGCGCCUCCAGUAGUUCUAGCUAGAGAAUGGAAAAAGCUAUCUCUUCCCUUGGAAAGCCUUGACAAGUUUGAAAAUAACAUUGCGAGAUGCGUGUUGUGGAUUCCUGAGGACUGGCUGGAGAACGGAUCAAUCAAAAUAAGAAGAUUCAACCUUCUCCCAACUACCACUGAAGGAGCUUGGAAAGGGUUCGUUGUGACUAGAUAUGUUCUGAAUCACAUGAGAAGAUCACUCAAGGUUCUCAACAUCUUGGGUCUGAAGAGUUCUGCCUCCUUGUUCAAAAAUGCGUUCCUUGAAAUACAAUCUGAAAAGGAACGUAACAAGCGGUCAACCGACUCAAGACUAUGUAGUACAGAGGAGCAGAGCUGCUGUCUGUCCUCUGUAUCGGUUAACCUGACGUCUAUUGGUUGGGAUUUUGUACUAAAUCCUCAAGUGAUAGAAUUCACAUACUGCGGAGGACACUGUGAUCCAUUCAGAGUUCCUCCAGGAAUGUUUGUUCCACAGAUGGCAGCACUCAGAUGGAAAAUCCACAUGAGUGGUCUGCACAACCUGCCAGCACCCUGCUGUUCCCCAAGGGAGUAUGGAAACCUCGAAAUCCUCUACUUUGACAACCUCCAACCUGAUGGCAGUGUUGAGGUUAAGUCUGGAACCCUACAAAACGUCCUCGCCACAUCCUGCAGAUGUAGCUGAAUGCUUCAGUAUCCAUGGCUGGAUUUAAUUUAGUUAAAUCAUUUAUUCUCACAAAAAAAUGUAAAUUCAACGGAUAAUAUCCUGUUUAUAUCAAUUAAACUUAGAAAAUUAGAAUGAUUUAGACGAAGUUGUAGCAUUGGGGAAAACCAGCCUUUAUAAUAAAAUUGUAUAUUUAUAAACCAGAUAAUUUGAAGUUGUAAUAUAUUUGAUACAAGUACAACACAAUAAUAUAUGACCUAUCUUUCAACGUUGUAAACACAUUGAUAUAAG